AUGGCGAGCAAGAUCCCCGCAACGUUCAAGGCCAUCACGCCCUUCAUUCGGCGCGCCGAGGAGCUCGACCGCGACCGGACGCGGCCCGAGAGCAAGAUGGUUGCGUACUACUGCCGGCAGUACGCCAUGGAGCUUGGCAUCAAGCUGCGCGAGAACGACGCGUCGGACGAAGCGACGACGUACCUGCUCUCGCUCAUGGAGAGCCUCGAGUCGGAGAAGGCGGCGCUGCCCGCGCACUCGCAGGAGGAAGGGCGCAUCAUCUGCGAGAACUUUGCCUUUGACAUCUUCAUGCGCGCGGACGAAGAAGACCGCGCCGGCAGCGCCAACAAGAACACGGCGCGGACGUUCUACGCUGCGGGUAGCUUCUUCGACAUCCUCAAGCAGUUCGGUACGCCCAGCGAAGACAUCAUCGAGAAGACCAAGUACAGCAAGUACAAGGCUGCGGAUAUUCUCAAGGCCAUCAAGGAAGGGCGUGCGCCGACGCCCGGGGCUCCCAGCGAGCAGAUGGCCGACAACACGGAAAGCGAAGCGCCGGCCCCGUUUACCCCGGCAGCAUACGUUCCUGAGGUGCCCCCGAGCAUGCCCAUGGCCCCACCUCCGAGCGUGAGCAUGGCUCCUCCGCCGCCGUCCGCGCCAUCUGUCCCGGACUUUCCCAACAUGGCAUCGUACUCGUACACACCUGAAGUGCACGCACCGCCGAUGCCCGCCGCGGCUCCUGCCUACCAGCCCCCGCCAGCGCCGCCGCGUCAGAACACGCCUCCGCCCCCGGUGUAUACGCCUCCGCCGGUGUACAAUGCGCCAGCGAUAAACCUCCCGGAGGCUCCGACGGCGCCGGUGGUGCGUCCGAGUGGGCCGCGCCGCGCGGGCGGGUGGUCCCAUAACGAAAUCAACGACGCGAUGGAGUGUUCCAAGUUUGCGACGGCGGCGCUCAAGAUCAAGGACGUCGAGCUCGCGAUCCAGCGCCUCGAGCAGGCGCUGCAGUGCUUGCGCUAA